AUGGUAGACGAGCUCAAAUAUCUGGGUAUUACUCUUGACAGUUCACUCAUAUACAGGACUCAUAUCAGAGAGCAGACGGCUAAGGCCAUAAGAACGCUGUAUCAAUGUAAAAGGGCAGUGGGGAAGAACUGGGGACUGAAGCCGGGUAUGAUCCACUGGAUUUACAAGGCUAUUAUCCUACCCAGGGUGCUAUAUGGGGCAGUGAUCUGGUGGCACAGGACCCAUAUUGGAGAAUAUCGGAAGAAUCUGACAAAAGUACAAAGACUAGCCUGCCUCAUGACGACGGGGGCUAUGAGAACCACCCCGACUCAUGCUAUGGAGGUGCUGAUAGGCUUAAAGCCCCUUUGGAUUGAGGCAGAGAAGAGAGCCAUGGAACAGUGGUACAGAAUGAAAGCAUGUAAGGAAUGGAGAGGAAGUUGUGUGGACAAGAGACAUGCACUGAUACAAAGAGAGGCACUAUCAAAACUAGAAAUGCUGAUGGCCAAUAAUGACCUCAUAAAGAGGGAGGAGAUUUUCGAUAAGAAGUACAGGGUACAUAUAGGAGAAAGAGACAACUGGAAGGUAGGGGUCGUGCACCCAACGACUAUAUGCUUCACAGAUGGCUCUAGGAGAAGCUCUACAAAGUUAGCAGGGGCGGGAAUAGUAAUCCCGAAACUAGGAGAAAAGGUGUCAAUACCACUAGGGAGAUACACUAGCGUGUUUCAAGCAGAGGUAUGUGCCAUAGCGCGCUGUGCACGUAUAAUAAAAGAAAGUGACAUACAAGAUGGAGCCGUGGUAAUAAACACUGAUAGCCAAGCGGCGCUAAAGGCUCUGAAGAGAAUAUCGGUGACCUCGUCCCUGGUGAAAGAAUGUAGGGAAGAGCUCAACUCGAUAAGCAAGGAUAGAAGUGUAACGGUUGCGUGGGUACCGGGACACCAGGGAGUUACAGGUAAUGAGAAAGCGGACGAGUUGGCAAGGGCGGGGGCGGAGACGGAAUUCUUGGGUCCGGAACCGGCUCUGCCGAUGUCAGCUGACGUCACGAAAGGAGUCAUUGAGAAGAUAAAAGAGAUGGAAGCACAAAGAGACUGGGAAAAAGAGACCAGUUGUAGACAAACGAAGAUGAUGAUAGAAGGUAUCAAAGAAACGCUGAAAUAUCUGCAUUGUCAAAACAGCGUAAAUCCUGUAAAUAUUGCAUAA